AUUUUUAACUGUACGCCGCUGUCUUGCACAAUAUGUUCUGUAAAAAUUAUUUUGCCGCGGCAUGCGUAUCAUAGUAAUGUACCUUGCCCAUCUCAGAAGACGUCGGGAAUAAGAUGCAGAUGCAAUAAUAACGGGAAACGUCGUAUGUGUCCAACAAAGGCCGCACCGUGUAGUGUGUUGCACGACUUGAUUGUUGAAUAUCAUCAUUCACAUUACCCGUUCUGGGGUAAUACCGACUGUUAGUCAUGGGUGAAUGAUUACUGGUCAGUAGCGAAAUGCUAUUUGAGUACAACGGGCUACGCGAGCUCAACAUCGGCAGCUGAUAUGGAUUCUACUGGUCUCCUAUCGCUAUGCAUCAACAACGACUUUUUGAGAAGACACAUUGAUGAUAUAUCUAACUUUGAAAAGGUCAGAAAUUGGAGAAAUAUAUUGUUUCAUUCACCAAGCCUCGAAUUUCAAGAAUCAGACAUGAAAAGGGCCAUUCAAGACAUGAUAAAUGUUCUAGAAGACAAAAAACUUCUGGUGAAUGAGGGAUCUGCACAAUCAGCAGUAGUCAAAUUGUCUGAGAUUACAACAGAAGACUUUGUUUUGACUUUAGAAGAGUCAAGGAGUUUGUUAUCGGAAAUGAUCAACGCCAUAGAAAUCCAAAAGUAUGCUGCAAUUCGAGAAAUCAAUGCAUAUACGGAUACAAAACUCGAUGCUAUACGAGCUGAGUUUGUAAAAUAUAGAGAUCAAGUUACUGAUAUGGAAGCCUUCAGGACAUAUCUUGUUGAAACCUACAAAAACCACUGUUUAACAUCCGAUGUUUCACCAUUGUUUCCGGAGGAAGACGACAAUAUUGAUGAUCUUUAUGUUUCACUACAAAUGGAAAGACGAACACAAACACUUGGGAAGAAAGAGAUAUCAGCGAGUCGUGGAGCGGAUAUCUAUAGAUCAAGAACAUCCGAAGUCGCCGAACAAUUAAAUACGUUUGAAGAACUGUUUAAAAAGAAUGGAGAAGGGGUUGAAAACAUAUUUAUUGUCGCAGAUGCAGGAAUGGGAAAAACUACACUGUGUCGAAAAAUCACUUCAACGUGGUGUACCGCCAACGAUGAACAAGAAUAUGUUGACUCGGAAGUACACCUGAAGGGUGUAACAUUUGCAAAUGCCUCAGUUCUUGCUGGGAUAGCUUUAGAUAAACUUAAUAAAAGGAGAGGAAAAAGAUUGAAAGUUGAGGAUUUCAUUGCUGAGAUUGAAAACAAGCAUUUAAAGGCUAUAAGACAUAUGAGAGAAAACAAGAUCUAA